AUGAUCCCAAAACGUAAAAACAGCAACAAAAUGGAGAAAUUACUCGUACUCUCUCUGCUACUGAUCUCAACAUCAAUUGCAACUUCACAAUCCGUGACCGAUCCAGUGGCCUUCCUCCGAUGUCUUGAUCGACAACCCACGGACCCGACGAGUCCUAACUCCGCCGUCGCCUACAUCCCAACGAAUUCCUCCUUCACCGCCGUCCUCCGCCGCCGCAUACCCAACCUCCGUUUCGACAAACCCACAACCCCAAAACCCUUCGCCAUCGUCGCCGCCGCCACGUGGACACACAUUCAGGCGGCGUUAGGAUGCGCCCGCGAGUUCUCUCUUCAGGUACGGAUCCGAAGCGGCGGCCACGACUUCGAAGGGCUCUCUUACACCUCCACAACGGUUUUAGCCUCCUUCAUUGGGAUGUAUUUAGGCCGGUCGGAUAAGAUGUUGACCGUGAUGAACCGGGACUUCCCUGAACUAAAGCUGAAGGUAACUGAUUGUACCGAAAUGAGAUGGAUCGAUUCGGUGGUGUUUUGGGCCGGUUAUCCGAUUGGUACACCGACUUCUGUACUGCUAAACCCGAAAAUCACAAACAAGUUGUUCAUGAAGCGGAAAUCUGACUACGUGAAGAGCCCAAUUUCAAGAACCGACAAUUUCGAAAGAUUAGUGGAUAUCAAAUCCUCAAUCGAUGCGGAAAACUUUUGGAGGAAUGAACAAAGUAUUCCGGUUCGAAGAUAA